UUCAUCCCUUACCUACUUAUACCUGCCCGAGGCAUGAUCUAUGUCAGUUUGAAGAUCACCUCCUCUCAACGCAGUUUCUGCUUCUGGUUCUCUCUUCGUCUCGCCAUUCCUGAUUUCAGCUUCUUAAUACUGUCCCAGUCUAUAAAUUUGCUUUUGCUUCAGUUUCUUUCUUUCUAGAAUCGAUUUAUUUUUUCUUCACUUGCUAAUCAGGGAUCAGGGAUCAUUCUCCGUUCUCUCCAGCAUCUCGUCUGGAUCUUCCGUAGACUUUGCUCUGUUGAACUAUUUCUCUUUUCUUUCAUUUUUCUUUGCGUUAAUCCCUGUGGAACUUCGCAUUUGCAGACAAUUUCUUUGUCAUAGACCCCAUUCGAGCUCUUUCUAGCUAAAUCACUUUCUGGUUGCAGAAGGUUAUUCCUAGACAUUUGGUUUUCUAGAUUUAUUUUUUCCUAAAAUUUACCAAAUCAUACUGGUUUCUCAUCUGGGUUUUUCUUAUUUUUCCAUUUAAGUUCCUUCUCCCUUCUCUUCUGCAUCUUGUUUGGAUCUCCUACAACGCUUGCUCUGUUGAAAUUUUUUUUUUCUCCUUAAUUUUUUCUCGUCAAUUCCUGUUGAGUUUCACAACUUGAGAGAACUGUUUGUCAUUAGUUUACUUACGUCUGAGCUAGUUCCAGCAAACUUCUUUUUGGUUGCAGAAGGGUGUUUUACAACUUUUCGAUUCUCUUUUGUAUUCUCCUCCAAAUUACCAAAACAAUCUCUGUAUCUGUUCUCUAAUCUGGGCUUUUCUGGGUUUUGUUUGAAAACUUCUUGACGCUUCAGAAUUCUUAAAGCCUCUUUUUUUUUUUUGGGUUUUAUAUGGGAUUUGGAAGGUGUUUGGAUCUGAGGAAUAGAUUGGGUAAUGUCUUACAGCAACCCCAAACCAGCAACUUACAGCGCAACGAAUUCUUCAGUGGCCACGACUGAGCUGAAGCUCUAUCAAGCUUUCAUUUUCUCAGUGCCCAUUUUCUUCACCUUCGUUCUCCUCUUCUUGUUUUAUUUGUUCUAUCUCCGCCGUCGACGAGCCGACUGGUCUUCUCUGAGAAUGAGAGCUACUUUGCAGAACCUUAACGGCAAUGACCUCUCUAGAGCUGAGUUGGGAUUGAAGAAAGAGCUGCGAGAGAUGCUUCCCAUUAUUAUAUACAAGGAAAGCUUCUCCAUCAAAGAUAACCAAUGUUCAGUGUGCCUCGGGGACUACCAGGCAGAGGAUAAGCUUCAACAGAUACCAGCAUGUGGGCAUACCUUCCACAUGGAGUGCAUUGACCACUGGCUAUCCUCCCACACUACAUGCCCACUCUGCCGUCUUUCUCUCCUUGCUAAGGCUCCAAGCAGUUCCCCAGAUAACCAAAGAACAGCUAAUCAGGAGUUUCCAGUCACAGAGAACGGGAAUCAAGCAUUAGCUCAAUCAGCAUCUCAAGUCUGUGAGGAAUCACAAGCUGUGCAACUCUCUGAAUCAUGGAAUGGAGAUGCAGGAACAAUCCAAAAUGGUACUCAUGAAGAACAGCGACAUGACAAUCAGGUGAGAGAUUGUCUCUCUCUCCGUGCUAAGGCUCCAAGCAGUUCCCCAGAUAACCAAAGAACAGCUAAUCAGGAGUUUCCAGUCGCAGAGAAUGGGAAUCAAGCAUUAGCUCAAUCCGCAUCCCAAGUCUGUGAGGAAACACAAGCUGCGCAACUCUCUGAAUCAUGGAAUGGAGAUGCAGGAACUAUCCAAAAUGGUACUCAUGAAGAACAGCGCCAUGACAAUCAGAUGAGAGAAGUUAGGGAUUCAAGGAACCAGACCGAAGCGCAUGAGCAUGGCAGAGGAAAUUCAGCUUGAGUGAACCAGCGGCAGCUGAUGCUUCCAAUCUCAAUUUGCUCUGUCACAUUCUCUUCUGCAAGCAAGAACUACAGAAGUUCCACUGUUAUGCUGACAGAGCUCACAAUAAGUUCUCGACCUUAUGAUCCUUACGAUUCACGGGUAAGUGGAGAAAAGAACUUAUCGACAAUCUCACGAGCACUCAGAUGCAGAAGGGGAUGGUCUUGUUGGGCAACAAUUGCAGUGAAGACAGAAGUGAAUGUGGUCUCUAUGUUGUUGUGUAACUGAGAGAGCAUGAAUGAGCAUUUUGAGGUGGUUUACCCCUUGUUGUCUUCCUUUAGUCCAGCAUAGUGAGCUGUAUUGUGUAUAGGUUUUGUAUGUACUUUAUCCAGGAUUUAUAUAAGGGUGACAAUAAAAGAUGGAGAAAAUAUUGAUUUAAAA